CCUGGACCAGUGAGAAAACAAUGAGUGGAUACGUUAUAACCUAUUUUCCAAUAAGGGGUAGAGCCGAGGCCAUACGUCUGCUCCUUGGUGAUCAAGGAGCUUCAUGGACAGAGGAUGAGGUGCCAUUGGCAGACUGGUUUUCAGGAAAAAUUGACCUUAAGAAACAGGCGGUUUUUUGUCAGCUGCCACAGUUUAAAGAUGGAGAUUUUGUUCUGUAUCAGAGCAAUAGCAUUCUGAGAUAUCUUGGACGUAAAUAUGGUAUUUCUGGGAGCAGUAAUGAAGAGAGUGCACUCAUUGACAUGGUGAAUGAUGGUGUGGAGGACCUAAGACUGAAGUUCAGCCGUAUGUUCUUCUUUGAGUUUGAGACGGGUAAAGAGAAGUAUGAAAAUGAGCUUCCUAACCAAUUGGCAGCAUUCGAGAGGAUUCUUUCCCUGAAUUCUAAUGGAACCAAAUAUCUGGUUGGAGAUAAGAUCUCCUAUGCGGAUUACAACUUCCUGGACCUCCUGCAGUUGCACCUUGAAGUAUUCCCUGCAUGCUUUUCAUCAUAUCCCCUCAUUAAUGCAUAUAUUGAUCGCAUCACUUCCCGUCCUAAACUAAGCGAAUACCUGAAAUCUGACGCUCGAAACAACCGACCUAUUAUCCCUAAAAAAUAGGCAAGAAUAAGGGGAUAGUAAAUACUUGUAAACAGUAGUCCCUCACAGCCCUUAAAUAUUGUAUAGAAAUCGCCAGUCUAGUCGCUACUCUAACAGGUGUUUUUGUAGUAUUCUGUCCCCUAGUUCUUACUAAUAUACCAGCUGUAUGUAGGCGGCAGAUAUACGGAAGUAUGACUGCAGUAUCAGACUAAUACCAGGGUUGUUUGUUACUAUGGAGAUGCAUAGGGCUGAGUGGAAGCUGUGUACACAGAAUACUGUAGUAGAAUUGUUUUAUAUCAAGGCCUAUUGCAGAGUUGCUUCAUUUUCACUUUGGAUACAUUGGAACAAUAAAAAAACAUGCAUCCACUUUAA